AUUUUGCAUCUUGUGAAACGAUAAAAGAAUGUAACUCAUCUUACACAACUGACGGUGAAUAUAUUCAUUAUCCUGGUAUCUUAAACAGUUCUUCAGUUCGUCUGUAUUGUCACAACAUGAAUACCAACAGUCCUAAAACCUUCCUCACUCUCAAUGCUACUAAUGUGUUUGAUUAUCCUACUGGAAAGUGUUCAACACAUUAUGGUUGUCAGGUGUUUUAUUAUAAAAACGAUUAUCAAGGAAAGACAACUUUCACAAAAGUUGGUAUUGAUACAGAUAAAAUGUCCAUCAUCGAAGAUGAUUACUCAUUUACCGUUCAACAUUUUGGGGCUCAACGGCCGUAUGGCUGGGUGCAUUGUUGUAGUAUAUAUAAUACAAAAACGUGUUUGAGAGGAAGAUCAACAAUAGAUGUAACUAAUACAGGAUUAAAGAUCAGUAACUCAACAAAAUGGACAGGAUUUGGAUGGUUACCACAUUUUAGGGUAAAUAGAACUGAUUUUGUGAUUCAAUUAAGAGGCGAUGGUGGUUGUGGUGGUGCGAAACCAACUGAUGGAUUGUUACAAUUUGUUAAAAACCCACAGUACACGAUUCCCACUGGUACAAUAGAUCCACAAUGUAAUUUACUUGGUUUAUAG